GUUACAAACUGAUUGGAAGCCAUUCUGGUGUGAAGCUCUGCCGAUGGACAAAGUCGAUGCUCCGAGGCCGAGGAGGCUGCUACAAACACACGUUUUAUGGAAUUGAGAGCCACCGCUGCAUGGAGGCCACGCCGAGCCUGGCUUGCGCAAACAAAUGCGUCUUUUGCUGGAGACAUCAUACAAAUCCAGUGGGCACAGAGUGGCGAUGGAAGAUGGACCAACCUGAAAUGAUCUUGCAGGAGGCUAUUGAGAACCAUCAGAAUAUGGUCAAGCAGUUCAAAGGUGUGUCAGGAGUAAAAGCAGAUCGCUUUGAGGAAGCAAUGACAGCAAAACACUGCGCGCUGUCACUGGUGGGAGAGCCCAUCAUGUACCCGGAGAUCAACCAGUUUGUGAAGCUCCUGCAUCAUCACAGCAUCUCUAGUUUCCUGGUUACAAAUGCACAGUUCCCAGAUGAGAUUAGGAACCUUGAGCCAGUAACGCAGCUGUAUGUCAGUGUGGAUGCCAGCACCAAAGAGAGCCUGAAGAGAAUCGAUCGACCCCUCUUCAAGGAUUUCUGGCAGAGGUUUCUAGACAGUUUAAAGGCCUUGUCUGAAAAGAAACAGCGCACAGUUUAUAGGCUGACGCUGGUGAAAGCUUGGAAUGUGGAUGAACUGAAAGCCUAUGCUGACCUCAUAUCCCUUGGUAAACCAGACUUCAUUGAGGUCAAGGGUGUGACGUACUGCGGUGAAAGCUCGGCCAGCAACCUCACCAUGGCCAAUGUUCCCUGGCAUGAGGAGGUGGUGCACUUCGUCCAGGAGCUGGCUGACCUCAUCCCGGACUAUGAAAUCGCAUGCGAGCAUGAACACUCGAACUGUCUCCUGAUAGCUCACAAAAAGUUCAAGAUCAACGGCGAGUGGUGCACCUGGAUCAACUACGACCGCUUCCAGGAGCUGGUGCGAGAACACGAGAGGAGCGGCGGGUCCAAGACUUUCACAGCGGCAGAUUACACAGCCAGAACUCCUCGCUGGGCUCUGUUCGGGUCCAGAGAAAGGGGAUUCGAUCCCUUGGACGUGAGAUACCAGCGGAAGAACAAAGCAAGAGACGUCUCUGGGUGCUGA